AUGGCGAUUUCCUACGACCGCUCUUUGCCCUUCUCACUGAAUUUCCUUGGGCCCAACGUCGUCCAACAGUUCUUCAGUGACGUCCCCUCUCUGCUGAAGAUCUGCUCGGAAGACCACAUUGCCAUCGAUAUGCUGGCCGCCAAGGGAUGGACCAAGGGCUUCUCCACUUGCUUGCCUCACCUAGUCAUCAUCACUGUCUUUCUCUAUAUGGCAGCCAUUACCUACCUCAAGCUCGUGUCAAACUCCCCCUCGACGAUGGAUCUACUGGUGUCCAUCUUAUAUAUCGUGGUGACACCCACUCUGAAUCCCCUCCUCUACAGCCUGAGGAGCCAGGACAUAAAGGGGGUCGAGGAGAGAGUUUUGGAGCUGUUCUAUGGCACGCUGCUCCUCGUGGUCUACCUGGUGGCCCUGCGAAGGAAUAUCCUCAUUUUCGCCCUCACCGCCCUCAGCUGGCGCCUCUACACCCCUCUUUACCUGUUUCUCAAGAACCUGACCGUCUCCGACCUCUGCUACAUCUCCGUCACUGUCCCCAAGUCUGUCGUCUUCAUCCUGACUGAUCGUAGAUCCAUCUCCCUCCUGGGCCGUGUCACCCAGGCCUUCCUCCUGGUCAUUUUGGCCACUUCAGAGCUGUUUUUCCUCAUGGCGAUGUCCUACUACCACUACGCUACCAUCUACCACCCUCUGCGUUAUGAGCUCAUCAUGAAAAACACGGUCUGUGGAAAGAUGGUGGCCGCCUCCUGGCUAAAUCACCUGCUCAAGGACCACGUCGCCUUCGAUCCCGUUUCAGACUCCCCCCUGACCCUGGACAUGUUGGUGUCCGUGUUCUACACUGGCUUCAGGAACCAUGUGGCCAGAGGAUUCUCGCCUCACCUGGCCCCCGAGGUCUCUCCACUGGGGCCCAAGCCGGACCUACAGGGAUUCCCCUCGGAGCAGCGACUAGUUUAUCUAUGGGGACAGGGUCCAUCUGUGGAGCAGGUAUGGGAGCUGCAGCUAGUCCACGCCGCACUGUUCCUACUGGUCUUCCUGGUGACCCUGGAGGGGAAUCUCAACGUCAUCGCCGUCGCCACCCUCGACCGGUGCUAUAUGCUCCAUUUCGAUUGUCACCUCAUACUGUCCUUCACCGUCAUGCCCCCGGCCCUGAACCUUCUCAUUUACAGCUUGAGGAAUAGGGACUUGAAAGCUGCCCUGCGGACAGUCUUAAAAAGGAAAUUCCCCCAGACACCUCUAUAA